CCGGGCUCUAUCCUGCUCGUCGUCCAUGACUUUCUUGCUCGCAGCCCCGACGAGCUGAGCCUGGCCAAGGGCGAUCGCAUUGAACUCAUCGAGCGAGAUGACGACUUCGGUGAUGGCUGGUUUCUUGGUCGCCAUAUGACCACGACUGCUACCGGCCUGUUUCCUGAAGUCUACACCACUCCCGCCCCGAGAGGCACUCUUCUAUCUACUCAGCAGCCCCCAACUCGUCGCAACGAUGUAUCCCAACCCAACAGGCCUCAGACUGCUACUUCGACCGCCUCGUCGCAAUCCUCCACUUCCAAUCCUGCCCAACGCGCAUCUCAACACAAUUCGGUCAUGCACGAAACUCUGAGCGUUAUUGACGAGCACAUUACCGACUUGCGCAGCCCGCGCGAAAUACCUCUCACCAACAUACACAGCCACGAUACCGAGAGCAUCUACAGCUCCCAUGUUCCCAAUCGCCUUUCUUACAUCAACGGCCGGGAAACCGACGACGAGGAAAAUCAGCUGCACACCGAGGCUGAAGUCAUGUUGUGGUCACCUGUACGAGUUGCUGAAUAUCUCGAAGACCAUGGUGUCGAGAAGUCGCAUUGUGACACUUUCCGUGAGCAAGAGAUAUCCGGAGAAGUGCUUCUAACCAUGGAGCAGUCGGCCAUCUUUAUUAAAGAGUUCGAACUUGGUUCUGUGGGAAGACGAUUGAAAACAUGGCAGAAGGUCAAGGCUCUCCAGGACGAAGUACGCCAAAGCUCAACCAAUGUACCUAGAAGCGUGUCUGAAUACUCGGCUGCUGCCGAUGACGUGCAGACUGAAGCUGGAAGGAGAAGAAGCCAGAGCGUGACGGCCUCGCCGUACAGACCCGUCAGCAGCAUGGCAACUCCGUCCAUGACCUUUAGCCGCCCAGAGAAUACCCAACGCCCCUCAGCCGCUUCUAUCCGUAACCUCAACCAUUCUCGGAGACAUUCAUCCAUGGGAUCGAUAGAUAGCAUGAACCGCUACUCGCAUCAUAGACAGUCUUCGGUCGGCACAAACUCCGGAGCGCCUACUACUGCUCGGCGCCUCUCCGUUGCCCACGAACCAGCAGCUGAUCCCGGUGCCACCAUCUCACAGGCUGACGGAGGAGUGGGCGAGUAUGGCUUUGGAUCAAUUUCUUCACCUGUCGACUUGGAUCGCGGUUACUUUUCUGGAAAUGAGAUUGAUGCUCGCAACAAGCGCAAUGUCCUGCAGAAGAAGUCAACCUCAUCUCACACUAGGAACAUAAGUGCCGCUACCGAUUCUGCUCGUCAUAGCGCUUCAUACAGGAACUUUCCUAGGAUGGCCAGUGUCGAAUCGAUGCACGACCCUGCUUCACCUAUCAUGUCUCCAGCGUCCAGCCAAUUUUCCUUCAAUAAGCCCACUAGCAAUCGUGCCGUCAGCAGUCCGCAUACUACAGUAAAGCCCUUGGCAUCUAUUCAGCAACCUGUCUCACCAAUCGUCACCCGAUUAGAUUCAACCUUGGCUGACAGCGACAACUCAUCAUUAAAUCCUUCGCCAUCACCUGCGUCGAAUACUCGAUCAUUCUUCUCCAAGCCCCGCAUUGGUGGCGGCCUUCGGAUAGCUUCUGAUGCCGUGACCCAAAAUGAGAAGAAGCAGAGUGCUUUGAAGCACGAACCUCUCGCUUCUCCUGCUCGCACUGGCUCUACCACUCCGUCCACUGAGACUCGUUCAAUCGACUUGCAAAAGUCAGACAACCAAUCUCGAGUAUCAACGGGCUCUUCAGGCGCCCUUGCUCCACCUGCAACUUCUACCCGUUCUAGGCCAAAGCCCAAGAGCAAGAAGACAACCUCAGCAUACACUCGCGGCCUUGAGAAGAAACCCCCCGCUGAGCAAAUCGCCGAUUGUGACUACAGUGGGUGGAUGAAGAAAAAGUCAUCGAGCUUGGUAGGCUCGUGGAAGCCUCGUCUUUUUGUGCUUCGUGGUCGCAGAUUGUCCUACUACUAUUCAGAGAAUGACACCGAAGAGAAGGGCCUGAUCGAUAUUUCGUCCCAUCGUGUCCUGCCUGCUGAAAAUGAGAAAAUGACAGGGCUGCACGCUGCACUUACUGGCGCCGGGUCAUCCCCGAUGGUGCCUCAAGGGACCGCACCGCCAUCUGCGGAUGGACAAGGCCUCUUUAUAUUCAAACUGGUCCCACCACGCCAAGGACUUAGUAAAGCCGUCAACUUUACGAAACCGACCGUACACUAUUUUGCCGUGAACAGUAGGCAAGAGGGUCGAUUGUGGAUGGCUGCACUCAUGAAAGCCACGAUUGACUAUGAUGCUUCGAGUGGUAAAGUCACAACAAGCUAUAGUCAAAACACAAUAUCCCUGUCAAAAGCACGCGCACGCAACGAGCGUCCGCCCGCUCUGCAAGAC